AUGAGAGGUAUGUGAACUAUACAAAAACACUGGUGAGUGUGAGUUUUUCCAACUGUAGGACACUUAGACCCUGUUCACACGACACAGGCAUAGUUCAAAAACAAAACAAAAUUCUUAUGUUUAGGGGUUGCAUUCACACAAUGCCGGUAUGAAAAAGUGUGAAACCGUAAUGCUACCCGUAAGAGUUUGAAAACGAUAUGCAAUUCUACGGUCAGAGUGCUGUGUGAACACCUAACCGUAAGAAUUUCAUUACGUUUAUGCAAAAUGAAAUUAACAAAACUGCAAAAUGAUUUGUCCAGCAUAUUGUCAAAGCGGAAUAUAAUCUGCCAGUAUCGUGUGAACAGUUGAAACUGUGAUGAUUUUCUGCUGGCACUAUUCCAUGCCGGUAUCGUGUGAAUGGGGUCUUAGAGAGAAAACUGCAUGGGUAGUGCUGUGCAUAUAAUAUACAUCAAGACAAAUAUCUUAUUACAGUAUGUGAAAUGAUAUUGUCAUAAUCAACACAAUUUUUAUCACUGCAAUAAACCUACCCAAACAUAAUAAACCAACUAGAGUAGUACAUGGUUAUCUAAUUUCUCUAUUUCCUUGCUAGUUAUAUUAGUAACAAUAAAGACUGUUCGACUGGUUAUAAAUGUUAUAACAAAGUACCACCAUAUUUACAUAACCAUCCAAAUUAUUUGGAACACUGCUUACAACGCCUUGUUUAUGCCGAUGAAGCCACAAUAAAUACGAUUAACCAAAACACUGGCAUAUUUAUAGUAAAAAGUGAAACAAAUAACUGUUAUUACAAGGUACAUUUUAAUUCUAAAAAUGAUGAAAAUAUACCAAGUUGUGAAUGUCUGGACUGGCAGAAAAACUAUCUACCAUGCAAGCCUAUACUUUCAGUCAUUCACGCCAAUAAUGGAUGGGAUGGUCUAAUUUACCAGCGUGCUACAGAGAGUCACCUUACCUCACCAUAGACAGCAAGGUUAUCUUUAAACAAGUCAGCCACACCAAAAACGAAAAUGACGAUCACACCCCUAACACCUUAAAUUUCGAUGAACAAGAACUUUUAAGGUUACAUGACACCCUUUUUGGUGUUUUGUGGAAAAUCGCUACAGCGUGCUCAAAAUCAGUCCGAUUUUCACCUAAUGUUAGCCAGUGCAUGUAAAAUAUGAUAAAGUUGUAAAAUUGACAAACAAUAAAAUGUAAGAAUUAUUCAGGAAAAUCUUAAGUCGUGGUACCUUUAUGCUUUUGAGUUAUGUUCCUGCUGGUUUUAAGAUAUAUUUAUGAAAAUAUCAUUUUUAUACAGUAAAAUAGUUCUAAAAAAUUGUGUUCAGAAAUUUUUGUUUAUUUCGUCAUUCCGCUGAUAUGGCGAUUUCUUUGACGACUGCAAUAUAUUUCUGAAUCGUUUGUGUGAAUUGCUCCUUAUUAUUAAAAUAUCCAAAAUUAGAACAAAGCCGAACACAAUUUUGAAACUGACAUCUUUAGCUAUGUCCUGUUAAAAUUUGAGAAAAAUUUGUUAAAACACGCAGGAGCACAACUCGUUUAAAAAUCUGUAAUUGCCGUAAAAUUCUUCGGGAGAAAAUUAAAUUUGAAUAUUACAUUUUCAAUGUUUUUCUUAUUGCAAGCGAAAUGUAUUUUAUUAAAUAACUCUUCGAGUUUUUAACAUUUUUCGUCCAAACUUGGUCAGAUAUUAGAACUGGUCUAAUGCUUACAUGGAAACCAAUAAAAAAAAUUUAGGCAAAAUUAACACUCAAAGGUGUUCUGUAACCUUAAAGGGUAAUAAUUUUGUAGAACAAUGCUCAAUAGACAUUAAAGACAUCCUAAAGCCAACAUUUCCUAAGAGAACAUCUGUUACAAGGUGCUGUGACCUUCUUGCCAAAAUAAAAAGUUUGGUGCAUGAAUCUACAAAAUCAACAGCGCUAGAAAAAUUAGAGAAAGAUCUCAAGUUAGUCCUUAAGGACUUUGAGUCUAACAUUAGUGAAGGAACCACCACCUCAGGCAUAACACUUUCUGCCCCAGACAGGCAAAUGGUUCCUCAGCGUAAAAGAAAGAACCAGGAACAGAAACAGGCAAAUACUGCAUGCCCUUUAAAAAGACGGAAAAUGAAAAAAUCAACACUUCCAGCUGUAAAACCAAAGAAGGUGCAUCCAUUUAACAAACGAAGUGGGCAACAUGCGCAAAUGAUGAGGAAACACUAUAAAACGAACAUGUCCAUAGAGGAAAUGAUGGGAACGGAAAUUAUGCGACAAAGAGACAAUGCUUCUCUGACUUGUCAGAUGCCGCAAAAAUCAACAUAUAUCAACUUCACUCCCACUAUUCGAAAAGGAUCACCACUAACAACAAUGCUAAGAAAUGGUCCUCAUUCUUUGUCGUUAUUACAACUGAAAUCUUUGGAGCCAUUUCUACCAAGAGGAACUGCUAUUCUUCUAAAAGCGCGAAACGAAGAAUUUAAACCGGGGUGGUUAUUUGACAAAGUGCUCAAUUGA